AUGGCAGAGAGGAACAGUACUAGCUGGUCCAAGAAGGUGGUAGCCUUUUGUACCAAUCCAAGGUCCUUCUUAUCCAGCAUAACCGCGGAGAGUUUUUUGGAUGAUCUGUUAAAAGAUCUGAAGAGUGAAAGUUUGAACGAACAAACAAAGGUUUUAAUGCUGAAUCUUUUAUUAGAGUUUCCUACAACUCUGUGUCCAGAGAAAGCUGCAGGUGAACUUACCGCUGAGAUCCUGAUAAAUAUUUUACAACAAAUGUCAACUUCAGUGAAAAGUAUAAGUUUAAGGUGCCACCUCCUGUUAGCAAUCGAGACUGUGCUGAUCACCACUGAUAACUUCAACUGCAAUUGCAAAGUAGCCCAGGACUUCGCCUCUUUUCUAAUGCACCUUAUAUCAGACAUCAAUGACAAGAAGCAGGGGUCAUCCAACAGGCCUGUACGCAUCAUGGCUUGUGAGUGCCUGAGAGAACUGGAGUACUGCUACCCGGGGCUCCUGUCACAAAGGCUAGAACAUUUAUACACAAUGCAGCAACAAGAAAUUACUAGCGCUCAUCAGUCGUACACACUUCUAUACAGUGUGACCCUCAAGAAUGCAAUACAGAUCCUAGCGCAGAAAGAAGGACCAUCUAAUGGAACCCUCAAGCAAAUGCUGACAAGCAAUGACAGUUUUCUUUGGAGUGCCACAAAAGACAUGAAGGAACUUCAGCCAUCCUCAGGAGAGCAACUUUUUCUGCUACCAUCAAACAAUGAGACCAAAGAAUUAAAAUCUAUCCUA